AAGGCAUUAUAGCUUAUUCACCAUAUCUGCAUAGCAAUGGAGAUAGAGAGAGUGCAAAUUCUAUCCCAUGGGGGGCUUGAGGAGCUACCUCCCCAAUUUGUCCGCCCCGCCCACGAACAGCCGCAAAACACCAAAGCCAUUGAAGGGGUCACUGUUCCUGUGAUUUCAUUGUCUCAGCCACAUGAUGCUCUCGUUGAUGAGGUCUUUAGGGCAAGUACUGAAUGGGGUUUCUUCCUCAUCACAGAUCAUGGCAUGCCAUCAUCUUUAAUCCAACGGUUACAAGAGGUAAGCCAGGAGUUCUUUGCUCUGCCACAGAAGGAUAAGGAGGCCUAUGCCAAUGAUCCUGCUAAUGGAAAAUUUGAAGGCUAUGGGACAAAGAUGACCAAAUCUCAUGAUGAAAAGCUUGAGUGGAUUGAUUAUUUUUUUCAUGUAAUGUCUCCUCCUUCUAGAGUAAAUUACGAGAUCUGGCCCAGAAAUCCUCCUUCUUAUAGGGAAGUCUGUGAAAAGUACAAGGAGGAAAUCCUGAGACUUACAGAUGAGCUACUAAAAUUGCUGUCAGAAGGGCUAGGCUUGGAAGAAAAAGUACUGAAAUCCCAUCUGGGUAGUGAAGAAAUAGAGCUGGAAAUGAAAAUCAACAUGUACCCACCAUGCCCACAGCCUCAACUGGCGUUGGGAGUUGAACCUCACACAGACAUGUCCGCUCUCACCAUUCUUGUUCCAAACGAUGUUCCAGGUCUUGAGGUGUGGAAAAAUGGCAACUGGGUUUCUGUUCAAUACCUUCCUGAUGCGCUCUUCGUUCACUUAGGAGAUCAGCUUCAGGUGCUUAGCAAUGGAAAAUAUGAGAGUGUUCUUCACAGAAGUCUGGUGAACAAAGAAAGAAUGCGAAUGUCAUGGGCAGUGUUCAUUGCACCUCCACAUCAGGCAUUGAUCGGACCUCUUCCAGAGCUCGUGGAUGAUGAGAAGAAUCCUGCCAAAUUUUCAACCAAAACGUUUGCGGAGUACCGUUACAGGAAAUUCAAUAAGCUUCCACAGUAAUUGCAAUAUUAUAUAAACUUACAAAUGUAACUGUAUUCUCAAUGUGCUUUCUAUGGAAAAUUAAUAUUAACCAUGGAUUAUGAUGGAACUCGAACACACAUGAUCAAUAUUUAUAGUAGAAUCAAUCAUCCCCACCCACAUAUCUUAUGGUUAUGUUCUAUGUCGUCUGUACUAAAUUUCUUUAGUUUCCUGCUUCCUUGGAAUUUUAAGCUUUGUCUGUACUUCGAUUUAAAUGAAUUAUCCAGUAGUGAAUGUACUUUGUACUAUGCUAUUAUUCAAUAUAUAUAUAUAUAUAUGGUUAAAAUCA